UAAAGAGGCGCAUGCGCAUCUUUCUCAACGCGGUUGUCGGUUUAUUAAGCGUUCUCUGCAAGCGGACAAAUAUGGCUGAUAUUGUCCAAGAAACCGAAGAUAAACCCGAACAAAUCAUCAAAGCUGAGAACGAGGAGACAUCACAGGAUGGCACGAAUGGCGUGAAGAUAGAGGCUGAAGAUGAGAUUCUUGGUGAGGAUGCUCCUGCUGAAGAAGAGGGUCUUGGCGAUGAUGAGGUCCUUGGUGAUGAGGUCCUGGGCGAUGAUGAUACCCCUGUGGACGGUGAUGACCCUAUCGAUGACGCAGAAGCCCUUGCAGACAAUCCCGCUGACUCCGCCUCGGCUGACCCCCUGGCGGCUGCCCCCAAGUGCGACUCAAAGUCUGACCUCAAAGAGAAGACAUCGGGCGGGAGCCGCAGAGCAAACCGCUUCCACCCCUACAAAGAGAAGCACUCCUCCGGGGACAAGAAGGGCGGCAGUCACCGGAACCGCGUCUUCAUUAGCAAUAUCCCCUAUGAUAUGAAGUGGCAGGCUAUUAAAGAUCUGAUGAGAGAAAAAGUUGGUGAGGUUACAUACGUGGAGCUCUUUAAGGAUGCUGAAGGAAAGUCAAGGGGCUGUGGUGUUGUGGAGUUCAAAGAUGAGGAAUUUGUGAAGAAGGCCAUAGAAGUGAUGAACAAACAUGACCUGAACGGAAGACCCCUCAAUAUCAAAGAGGAUCCAGAUGGGGAGCAUGCUCGGCGCGUGCUACAGCGAACCGGAGGGAUGUACCCUGGAGGAGGGGGUGGGGGUGGGAGGGGGCAGGAAGGAGGACCGGGCGGUGUUGGUGUGCCCCCUUCCAUCGCUAACAACCCCAAUGUCCCCCCUGAGGUCAUCAGCUCUCUUCGGGCCGGACGCCUGGGAACCACCGUGUUUGUUGCCAAUCUGGACUUCAAGGUGGGCUGGAAGAAGCUGAAGGAGGUGUUUGGGAUGGCAGGCACGGUGAAGAGGGCUGACGUGAAGGAAGAUAAGGAUGGGAAGAGCAGGGGGAUGGGAACCGUUACCUUUGAGCAGGCCCUGGAAGCUGUACAGGCCAUCUCCAUGUUCAAUGGUCAGAUGCUGUUUGACAGACAGAUGCACGUGAAGAUGGAUGACAAAUCCAUGCCUGCGGAUGACUUCCGCCCGGUGGAGAAAGCUCCUCAGUUGCCACGCGGUCUGGGGGGUAUUGGCAUGGGCCUGGGACCAGGAGGACAACCUAUCAAUGCCAACAGACUCAGUGGGGGAGCAAUGGGCAACAUGGGCCCUGCAGGAAUGGAUGGACCCGGAUAUGGAGGGAUGAACAGGCUAGGAGGAGGAGGGUUCGGGGGCAUGGACAGCAUGGGAGGUUUUGGUGCCAGAGAAAUGGGACGGAUGGGAGAAAUGGCCUACCGGUCAGGUGGUGGGAUGGGAGGGGCAAUGGAAAGGGACUUUGGUCGCAGUGAUAUGUCCAUGAGCAGAGGCUUUGGAGGAAUGGGAGGUAUGGGAGGAGGUGGUGGUUAUGGAGGAGGCAUGAGCUCUUCUGGCAUGGGGCCCAUUGGGGGAGGAUUAGGUGGUGGUAUGGGCAGCCUGUCCAUGGAUCGUAUGGGCUCUGGGUAUGACCGUAUGGGUGGGGGCAUGGAGAUGAGCAGAGGUUUCGGAGGGUACGGAGGAGGCGGCUCGGGAGGAUCCAUGUCUGACCGAGGGUCUGGAGCCAAAGGAGGAUGUCAGAUCUUUGUCCGAAAUCUGUCGUAUGACCUGACCUGGCAGAAACUGAAGGAGAAGUUCAGUGUCUGUGGCCAAGUGAUGUUUGCAGAGAUUAAAAUGGAGGGAGGAAAGUCAAAGGGUUGUGGUACGGUCAGAUUUGACUCCCCAGAGAGUGCUAACAAAGCCUGUAGGAUGAUGAACGGAACCAAGAUCAAUGGUCGCGAGGUCGACGUCCGCAUUGACCGCAAUGCCUAGUGCCACACAAACGGACAACACAACUGCUCGCUCCAUCACCAACCGCUUUUGUUUUGUUUUAAAAACACAUUUUUCACAUCUCCCCGUUUCUAAAACUACUGGAUGUGUAUAAGUCUGUUCAUUAGUUUGUUUAUACCGUGAAUUUGUUUUUCUUUUAAUCUUUUUUUGUAAGCCCUUUUAAUUGUGGGUCAUCAGUUUAUUUGAAUGAAUAAACUUUUUAAUUUUUAAA